UUUUCCAAACAAUAACACAAAAUUUGAGAACUAAUUAUAUCAUCCUAUAGUUUCCAAUAUGGGAAGAAUUGCCUUAUUAUUUCUCUUCUUGUUCUUCUCAGUUGCUGUCGAAGGAGCUCCACAGGCCAAGAAAGUUAAAUGCAAUGACGAUAAUUAUCCUCAAUGUUACAAAUCGGACCAUUAUUGUCCUGCUGAUUGUCCUCAAACUUGUGUUGUAGAUUGUUCAUCUUGCAAACCUGUCUGCAAUCCCCCUCCUCCGCCCCCUCGCAAACUCAAAUCUCCACCACCGCCCUAUAUUUACUCUUCUCCCCCACCACCUCCUUAUAUUUACUCUUCCCCUCCGCCACCACCCCCACGUGUUUACUCUUCUCCCCCACCACCUCCUUAUAUUUACUCUUCCCCUCCGCCACCUCCUCCUUACAUUAAUGCUUCGCCUCCACCACCUCCACCAUCUACGUCGCCUCCAACUCCAACUCCGUCCACUCCAACAUCUCCGCCACCGUCAUCUGAGGGGUCGGGGCAAAAGAAAGCUAGGUGCAAGAAUAGGGGCUAUCCACAUUGUUAUGGCAUGGAGCUAAGUUGUCCAAGUUCUUGUCCUGACCAUUGCGAGGUUGAUUGUGUUACUUGCAGCCCCGUUUGCAAUUGCAACCGUCCAGGCUCAGUUUGCCAAGACCCAAAAUUUGUUGGUGGAGAUGGAAUCACCUUCUACUUCCAUGGCAAAAAAGACCAAGAUUUCUGCAUCGUCACUGACUCGAACCUUCACAUCAACGCCCACUUCAUCGGCCGACGAAACGUCAACAUGAAGCGGGACUUCACUUGGGUUCAAUCUCUCGGCAUCCUCUUCGACUCCCACAAGCUCUUCAUAGGCGCUCAAAAAACUGCGACAUGGAAUGAUGCUACCGAUCGCCUCUCUGUCUCCCUUGACAAUGAAACCAUCAUCCUCCCUAACCAGGAGGGUGCGACCUGGAGUAAUUCAACCUCCAACAAGGGGAUCACAAUAACAAGGACUCAGAACACGAAUGCAGUCGAGAUUGAUGUCCCUGGAAACUUCAAGAUCAAAGCUGUCGUGGUUCCAAUAACGGAAAUGGAUUCAAGGAUCCAUAACUAUGGGAUUACACAAGAGGACUGCUUUGCACAUUUGGACUUGAGUUUCAAGUUCUAUGCACUGAGUGGGGAUGUGAAUGGGGUUUUGGGGCAAACUUACAGUAGCAACUAUGUGAGCAAAGUGAAGAUGGGAGUGGCAAUGCCUGUUUUUGGUGGUCUUAAUGAAUUUGCUUCUUCAAAUAUUUUUGCUACAAAUUGCCGAGUGGCUCGUUUUAGUGGGGAGUUAGAUGAGAAAGAUGACAGUUCUUUGGAGGCUGAAGUCUAUGCCAAUAUGAUGAGGUGUGGAAGUGACAUUGAAGGUGGAGUUGUUUGCAAAAGAUAAGUUUGAUUUCCAUUGGUGGAUUAAAUUCUUCAUGCGAAGAAGAAUGAAGUAUAUCCUCUAUGAAUUGUAAGUUAAUAAAUGUUUAAUAAAGCUGGCACAUGGAAAUGUAAAAGAUUGUUAUUGUGAUCUUUUUCAGAAAUGAAAAAGGGUUCAAUUUGUUUAUGAAUUAUUUUCUGUAUUCUUAAUUUAAUCUCGAGAUUAUUUGGUAAGAUUAAGAUACAAACAUUAUGUGAUGUUUAAAAA